GAGGAGGAGGAGAAGAGGAGGAUUGGUACCCAGCUCUGGGCGCCUCAUCCCUUGGAUGCGCAUCCUUCUUGGCUGGCGGUCCCUCCAUUGUCUCUCCUCCUCCCUCCCUCCCUCCUUCUUCCCUUCCUUCCCGCCCUCCUCCUUCCUCCUCCUCCUCCUCCUCCUCCUCCUCCUGCCUUGGCUGAUGUCAUUGGCGGUUGGCUCUCGGGGCUGAAGGCAUCAGGCGAGGGAAGCAGCGGCAAGUCAGAGCCAAGGCCAUGGCUGCAGCGGCGGCGGUGGGUUGGCAGCGCCUCUCUCCCUCUUCUCCCACUUAAUCUCCCCAAAAGAGGGCCAUGGAGCCCGGCGGGGAGCCGCCGAGCCUGAUGCAAUUCCUACAGAAGCUGAAAGAAGUCUUCGAUGUGUGCGAUGAGGAUGCCGACGGCUUCAUCCGGGUGGAGCAUUUCGUCGCCCUCGGGUUGCAGUUUGGCCAAGGCGAGGAGGUGGAAAAAUUUGCCAAAUACUUGGAUCCAAAUGACUUAGGCAAGAUCAGCUUCAAGGAUUUCUGUCAUGGAGUAUUUGCUAUCAAAGGCUGUGAAGAAUUGCUGAAAGAUACAUUAUCUGCUGAAAACCAUGGGCUUCAGCACUAUGAGACAGAAUAUGUCGAUUACUACUACCAGAAUUCUGAAAUCCAAGACAGUGGCUAUUUGGACAGUGAAGGUGCAUAUAGUGAAUCGGAUCUCUUUCCCGAUGAGGACAACAUGACCCUGGCCCAACAAGAAGUCCACCAUGAGUCAGAUAUGGACAGUGCCAUUGAAAGUGUCCACAAUUCAGAAGCAUCGGAUGUGUGCAGCAGAAAUGAGGAGAAGGAUGCUGGGCUAGGUGGUCUCUUCUUGCCUGGAGAUAAGUUCAGCCCCCUCAAUCCCUCUGCAGCAUCAGACCUUUCCACCUAUUCCACUGCCUCUUUGAUCAGUAAUGAAGAACAAUUUGAAGACUAUGGAGAAGGAGAUGACGUGGACUUCACCCCCAGCAGCCCUUGCCCUGACGAUGAAAGCAGAACAAAUGCCUACUCUGAUCUUGGCUCAUCUGUUUCUUCCAGUGCCGGCCAAACCCCAAGAAAAAUGAGACAUAUUUAUAAUAGCGAGCUCUUGGAUGUCUACUGCACACAGUGCUGCAAAAAAAUCAACCUGCUUAAUGACUUGGAAGCCAGGCUGAAAAACCUGAAGGCAAACAGUCCAAACAGAAAAAUAUCUAGCACUGCUUUUGGGAGACAGCUGUUCCACAGCAGCAACUUCAGCAGCAGUAAUGGCAGCACAGAGGACUUAUUUAGAGAUAGCAUAGAUUCAUGUGACAACGACAUCACAGAAAAGGUGACUUAUUUAGAAAAAAAAGUAACAGAAUUGGAAAAUGAUAGCAUGACAAAUGGUGACCUGAAGAGCAAACUGAAACAGGAGAACACACAGCUAGUUCACAGAGUCCAUGAACUGGAAGAACUCUUGAAAGAUCAAGAGACAUCAGCUGAGCAGACUCUGGAGGAAGAGAUAAAGAGGCACCGGGAAGCACACAGCAAAUCUGAAAAAGAGAAAAGCACUGAAAUUGAACUACUAAACACAAGGGUUCAGGAACUUGAAGAGGAAAACUGUGAGCUCAAAACUACAGUCUUACGAUUGAAAUCACAAUCUGAGAAGCUAGAUGAGGAGAGGCAGCGAAUGUCAGACCGAUUGGAAGACACCAAUCUGCGGCUCAGAGAUGAAAUGGAUUUGUACAAAAGAAUGAUGGACAAACUGAGACAGAACAGGCUGGAAUUUAACAAGGAGAGGGAGGCUACUCAGGAGCUUAUUGAGGAUUUGCGAAAGGAGUUGGAACACCUGCAGUUGUAUAAGCUCGAAUGUGAGCGGUCUGGACGUGGGAGAAGUUCUUCCUCCAGUUUGAGCGAAUUCAGUGCAAGAGCAAGGGAAGUGGAAAUGGAGCAUGAAAUUAAGCGACUAAAGCAGGAGAAUCAGAAGCUUCGUGACCAGAACGAUGACCUGAAUGGACAGAUUCUUAGUCUCAGUCUUUAUGAAGCAAAGAACCUUUUUGCAACACAGACAAAAGCCCAGUCGUUGGCUGCAGAAAUUGAUUCUGCCUCCAGAGAUGAGCUCAUGGAAGCCCUUAAAGAACAGGAGGAGAUCAACUACAGACUCCGCCAGUACAUGGACAAGAUCAUCCUAGCCAUUCUUGACCACAACCCAUCCAUCUUGGAGAUCAAAAACUGAAGAUCUAGAGUCAGAAAGGGAAACCAGCAGAGAUUUGCAUACCUGAUGAGAUGCCAUGGGACCCAAAUAUCACUCUGCUACUGUAAAUGAACCUAUAAAUAUAUAUAUAUUAUAUAUAUAGAAAAAAGAAAACCUUGUGUGGACGCACAGGGCAUGUUUAUAUGAUGUUUGUCACAUUUUGUCUGUGAAUCAUAUUUUGGCUAGGUCAGGUUCAUGCACUUUCACCACUUGGAGGUGUUGUGAUGGGGUAGGGAAAGACUGUUACAGUAUGCUGAUGACAUAUCUAUGUAACUGGAUUUGCACUGUUUUAGAUACUGGACAAAAAUGACACUACCUCUAGAGAUGCAAGGAUAAAAGACAAUGGAUACAUAUUUAGUGCCAAUUCUCCUCUUCUCCCCCACAAACCAUGCUGAAGUUCACCUCUUUAUCAGCAGUGAUUCCCUCAUCUUCUCAGAGAUGUGUUGCCACAUCCAGAUUUAGUCACUGGUGCUGGGUAUGUUGGUUUGGGGGUAUUUCCUUUUGUUUUCCUGGCAAUCUGCUGCUGAACAAGCAGGAAGAUCAAUGAUAUCUGUUUCUUCAUAAUUACUAUGUGUAUGAUGCAAAAGGGGAAAAAUACAGAUCUGGAUAAAUUCUUUUGUUUUUUAAAAAAUGCCUUUGCUUUCUUUCCAUAAAAAGCUUUGUUAAAAUACCUAAUAUAUAGGAUUACUCUCACACCAUGCAGUUGUAGUGCUAUGGUCCCUCCUUAACUGCUAUAACAACAUCUUAGGGUAGUUUAAGAAAGGACAUUUACAGUCCUCAACCUGGGAGCUCCUUUGGCACCACUGACCAAACGAAAAACCUCCCAGGAUUCCACAGGAUGCAGCCACAACACUUAAAGUGGAAUCAUAGUGCUAUAUCUGUGUAGUGUGAAAAAAGAUCUAAGUGGCCACAAAACUUUUACAUUGAGUGUAAAAGCACAUAUAUUUACUAGUUUGCAAACGUUCUACCAUACUUCUGAGUUGCACAGCUGUUUGUGACAUAUCUUUCUAGGCUUCAUGUUUAUCAGCUGUCACAAAAGCAAUAUGGCUAGAACAGCUUUCCCCAGUCUUGUGCCUUCCAGAUAUGUUGUCUUACUAACUGUCAGAAUCCAUCGGCUAGAAUUCAGGUCCCAGAAUGGAAAACAACUGUGGCCAAUGGAGACUUGUAGCCUGGAUGGUGGAUUCUAGAUAAGUGAAUUCAGCACAUCUUGAAGGCACUGGGAUGAGGAAAUACUAUGUUGACAUAGAUUUGGUUUUGAACUGAGUGGUGUGUGAAAUGCAGUCGGACUUUGGCUACAAGACACUCAUUGUACUGUUACAAUCUUGACAACCUUGUAUUAAAGUGUAGAACCUACACAGAGGGCUGCUGGGGUACCCUCUUAAAAAGCUGCACACCAGAAGUUCUGUACCCUCUUAUUCACAAGAGGAAAUCAACAGGCUGAGGCUUGAGUUUUUAAAAAAAUUGCUGACGGGGUUGUAGCAUUUCAUCCCAGUGCUCAGAAGAAGUUCCUCCACUGGUUUAUGGCCUGUUUUGCAUUUGUUAUCAAUCCAAUAAUUAAGAAAAAAUAGCAAUUGUACAGAUGUUUGCCUUAACUAGUUUCCCAGGGACCUGGGGCUAAACUCAAUUCUGUGCUUUAUUUAAGAGCAAAAUUUUAAAAUUCUUCACUGAAGUUUUGGAAGAAAUGUUUGUUUACACUCCACAUUAUUUAUUCAGUACAAUAGCUCAUUUUUUAAUGAAAGUCACAGCAAAAUAUGAGAAUUGGUUGCAAGUGUGGGCAAUCAGUUGGGAAAAACUUGGUCACUCAAUGCGGGCUGCAUAGUAAUCUUUGGCAGAGCUUAGAAACGCUGCAUUUUUGGACUUCAAAAAGAAAGCUACCGAAGUUCUCUGUGUAGUUUCAAAAAAGUAGCUUCUAAUCUGAAGUCACAACUACUAUCUGAAAGCAUUUACUGAGUCACCCUGGUUAUUUCUAUGUUUUCUUUUCCAUUGUUUUUAAACCACUGCUUUCUAACCUGCUCAUCUGUUUGUUUAAGUUGUCAAAUAUAUCAGACAGGCUCACUAUAGCAGAGAAAUCACUAGGAAAGAAUAAAUCCACAACCUCAGUGGUUGAAAUGUUGCUUUUUCAAUUAAAAGCUGCUUCACAUACACACGACAUUCUAUGUGGAAUUGCUUUCUAUGUAGGAAAUGGCAAUGAAAGUUGCAUGUGUUUUGUUGCAUGCGACAAUCAGACACAUAAAUGUUUGUUUAGUGUUUGUAAGAGGGAGACAGAAGUUAUCCCAAGCAGGUUUUAUGCCAUUUGCUAUUUGCGGUUCACAUGCAGAAAAUUCCAUAAUGUGUAAAACAGAAAUACAACUUGCAGUACAAAGUUAAAAUAUAUCUUGUCUUUAAACAGGCACUAAAUUUGAUGUGUAUAAAUUAUUCUAAGUCUAGGAACUGAAGCUACAAAAAUAAAUAAAAAUUGACUCACUCAGUAUUAAUGUUAAGCCCUUAAACAAUGGUUUAAAAAUCAGGGCUUUUUAUAAGGUGAUUCUAGAUGUUCCAGUAAUAUCUGUUGAUUGGCUAUAGAUUGACAAAUAAUUAUUCUCAGUUAUUUACCAAUAUGGGGUAAAUCCUCUGGAGGAGGUGGAUCCCCUCUUCUUGGAUCCCUUCUUUGUCUAAAUUAUGUUGCAGAAGUAAACAGAGUUUAGGAUAAGCAGGGAUGGGUUUUUGUGUAAAUGGGUGAAAACCGUAAGAUUACUAAUGUUUUCUAAACUUAGUUUGCUAGCAAUUCUGUAUCUACAUUUGCAUAUGAUGACAUUUGAGUCCAUGGUCUCACAUUCAUUUCUGAUCACAGAGACAGGGAGGUUCCUUUCCAGCACUGUUCCAAGGAUGUUCAGGAGACUCACAAAAAUCACUAACAUGGACUAGAAUUCUUUCUCAUCCUACUUUUACCUUCUUCCUCCUGUUGACAACAAAAACUGUUUGACUGAAAUGCCUGAAUUCAGCUGGUAGUGCUGAAUAGACUCACUGAAUCAAUGAAACUCACAUCAGUGUGACUUUCCAAGCUCUUAUUGAUUUAAUGGGUGUACGUUAUUGAGACUAGCAACUAUAUUUUAGGCCUAAGUGUUAAAUGUUUAUGUUGGCUUUUGACCGGUCACCUCUUUGGCUCAGUUAACAUUCUGGAGUGGAUAAAAUUAUAUGUCGACAUUAUUUUCACUUUCCAUUCCAUGAACAAUUUGUUCUAACACUUCAUGACUCUUUGGGAAAGGUAAAGAUGGAUACUCCCAACUUUUCAAGUGAUCAGAUUUUAACUCAUGAAGUAGGUGAUUGCAUUGACAGGGCUGCAGGUAGGAUGAAUAUCUAUGUUUGAUUUGAUGACAGUUUUAACAAUAUGAGAUGUGUUCUUUAUAAGCUGAAAGAACUGGGCAUGUUGUAAUGCGCAAAGUGCAGAGAAGUUGAAAGUUGAGAGAAGAGAGUGAAGAAGGUAAGCAGGAGUCAAGAAAUCGGGGAAAACUGAAGGGGGAAUGUGUUAAGCACAAGAGUUAACUGGUGUUGGAGGACUGUGGCAUGGUUUCCAAGGUUGUGCGGAGAAAGAUUUUAAAUAGUUUGGAUUAGCAUGUGUUGUACAGAACCUUAGGUUAGAGCAACUUCCUGCUACCUAGCACUCUUUGAAAUGCUUGACUACAACUCCCAACAUUCCCCUCUUGUAAGCCCACAAGGAACAUGGGAGUAGUAGCCCAAUACAUUUGAAGAUGACAACAUUGGGUUAGAGUUCCUCUGAGCACUAGAAGGUGUUGAAUGAUGAUUUCUUUGAAUUCUCAGCCCAAUAAAUUUAUGUGCAGUCAUCAAUAAAUGGGCCUUCAUAAGUAAUGUGCCAAUGCCUUUGGCUUUAUUUAUAGUUAUCAGUGCCAGUGAUGUUGCAUACAAACAUGGGUGAUAUGUCUAGUGACUAACCAUCUUCUUUGAAUUAGUGCCUUUGCCUUGAGGCUGCCAUUUUGAAAGAAUAGUAUCUGGCCUGCUUUCAGAUUUCUGCAAGCUAUUCCCCCCAAAUAUAAUUUCCAAGUCAAGGACUCGGAUCAGCAAUGAGUGAAGUCAUCAGGUGUAUAGUAUGUGCCGUGCAGUACAAAGAUUCAGAUUUCUCUCAGCUAAGUACAUAUACCACAACAAGUACAUAUACCACCAUAGCUACAGUAUUAAAUAGAUCACCUUUCAGCCUUUUCUUCUUCCAGCUAAGAACUUUACUUCCUUUGGUCAUUGUUCACAUAUAUAAAGAUGAGCAAAUCUCAAAACAUCCUUAGCAAAUUUCCCCAUUCAGAUAAUGUUCUUGUCUAAACAUUGCUUCUUUUAAAUAGACAUACAUAGGAUUGCCCUGUGAAUCAAGUUCAUGAAAUGUUACUUUGUGUCAGGAUAGUGAGAAAUCCGUAUCUGUGCCUAGCAUGGUCAAGAAAAAGGGAAAAAUCAGUCAAAAUGCCAGCCAAAAUAUUGAGGCUUAUUUACUUUUCUAGCAGUAAGGGAACUGUAGAGUCAUCUAGGUGCUUUCAUAAGCUAGCCAUUUUUAAAAGCAGUAUACAUAAAUAGUCGGAUGAAGUGGACUGAAGUAGGAGAUGUAAGAAGGAUUUUCCAACCCUUUAACAUGGAGCCAAUCUAUUGGAGAGUAUAGCACAUAUGUAUGUGUCUUUAUUCACAAAGUGGCCUUAGGUAGGAUUUCUGCUGUUGGCUGAGUAUCCUUCAUAUACCACACACUAGGUUUGUUGAAUGAUUCUGUUAUCUUGCUUCAGAUUGUAUUGAAUUGGCAAAAUUCUUGAAAAUUAUUUUUACCACCAGUCUGGUUAUAUUAACAAUGUCAUCGUGAAGUAAGGGAAUUAUAUGAGUUUGUAAUUCCUCUGUUAUUUGAAAAAAGCAUAUUGGGGGAUGAUAAUUUUUUGCCACAUACAUGUCAUCAAAUCCUUCUUUCUGACAUAUCAUGUGAACCACCUGAAGCAGGAUAGUGGCAAAGGGUACUUACUUACUUACUUACUUACUUAGUGGCAAAGAGUAUUCCCCAUUCAUUUGGAUUUGUAAACCAAUCCACAAUGACAAUUUCAAUAUAAUUCACAUGUAAACCUCAGCAAGAAAUGCAGUUUCAAAACUGAUUAUCCUUAUUUGGAAAUAAUAUUUUUUUCUGUUCCUGCCAUUACCAAAAUGGAGAGGGAAGGGCAAGAGGGAGAAAACAAGACACACUUGCUUGAAUUAAAAUCCUCCAGGGCAACUUCACACUCUUCAUUCUUACACAUACUUGCUGCCUUUUUAGUCCAGGUCUACGGAUUCAUUUACAGGCAUCAAAUUGUGAAAAAAAGGGAUUAACAAUGAGCUCAACUACAUUUUUCAUUUUCCAUGAUCUGGUGGCUUGCAUAUUUCAAAGGGGCUGUCCAAGGUCCUGACCUUAUUUGAGGAAAGGAUUCAGUACCUUGUAUGGUUACUUUAAAGCAGUGUUGUCUACCCUUUGCUCCUCCAGGGAUUUGGGACUUUAAGUCUGAGAAGCCCUGAUCAGCUUGUCCAAUCCUCAGGAAUUCUGGGAGUUGAAGUCAAAACACCCAGAGGACCAAUGGCUGGAUACCACUGCUAUAAAGUUUGAAAUAAAAACUGGAGCAAAUGAAUAAAACCAUCAGCUGACAGAUUCUGGUUUGACAUGAAUGUUAAGGAGGCAAUAGGGUAGUUAGACAAAUCCCAAAAAUAGGGACACUGGAACUGUGGUGCCUGAAAAAAAUGAAAUAUAGGAGUAUAGCAGCUAUUUCUAUAUUAUCAUAUCAAAUGGGAGAGAACCUCAGGGAACAAUAUUCAUCUCAGCAGGGAGAUAAGCAAAACCAAGCCCAUUGCUGUUUCCCUGUCUACAGUGGUGCAGACUUAAAUGCAUUUCACUAGUAUAUAGAAAGUGUAUAUAUAUAAAAAACUACAAAUAUAACACAAAUGUUAGGUAUGAGUGGCUCAUUUGGGCAAAAUUCAAAAUGUGAAUUUUAGAUUUUAAUUACUUGUCGGAAACUGGGCAACCAAAAGCCAAUGUUUGUAUCGGUUGCAGGACACAGAGAACAAAUGUUGGGAAGGAGUAAAGACGAACAAAGAUUUGGUAAUUAUUUUAGAUGUUGACACUGGUGUGAAAGUAGUCAUCAAUCCAGAUGAGCUCAUGGUGCCACCCUUUUCACUUGGGUUCUAGCAAAGACAUGAACAAGACAUGGGAGAAGAAUGAUUCAAGCAACCAAACAUUUUAACAAACAGUCACAGCAGGGAGAAUGGGAGAAUUUUUGCAACCUUUCCUCAUCAGGAUACGCUCCUUCAUCAUUGCUCAAUCCCACCUUGUAAAAUUAUCACUUUGGUCUUUUGAAGUGAGCAGGAGAGUUAAAAAUAGCUGCUUCAAUCUAUGCUACAAGGCAGGAUGUACAUUGAGCUUUCUGUAUAUUUCAAUACUGAAAUAUACUGAGAAUUGCUGUAAACAUUUAAUGUGAGAGCCAUUAGUUUUGCUUUUUUGCACCAAUUGUACCUAUGAGUAAGGGUUGAGGUUUUUUAAAUUGUUUUGCAUGAUUAUAGUUUUAGUAUUUGUGCCUUCAACUUGACUAUGUACAGAUUCCAUUUUCCCACCUUUGAUCAGCUAUUUGCCACAAAUUUUAUAUAUUUUGAAGGUCAUUUAUUUGUUCGUUCUUCUUUGUUCUGGCCCUGCCUUCCCUCCCCAGCCCCAAAAUAUACUGUAAAUCUGUAUAUAUAAAAUAGAACCAAGUUUGUAUUCAUGUGCCUCAAUAGGAUGUAAAAAGAAAAAUCUAUUCAUUUUUGUACAGUACUUUUCUUUUCUUUCUUGCUUUUCUUAGAAAAACUACUUCUUGUCCUGAGUAUUUAGCAAGUUUCUGAAUAAGUAGUUUAUUUGUCUUCUUUCGGAAUUGUUGUGUUGAAUGGAUGGAGUAAUUAUAUCUCUAUCUGUAAGUCUUUUUGUAAAAGCUGUCUUGUCUGACUGUCUCUUUCUCUUAUACACACACAGACACACACAUACAUCUGUGAUCUUUCCUGGUUUGUUGUUAUUUAUAAUGAGUUGCAUCUAUUUUGUCCACUUUUAGAAUCUGGAACAAAUUAAAGUGAUUGCUUACCCUAA